AAGUUCGUAAGGAGCGAAAGCGUGUUAAAGUGUCUCCAUCUCUCGUUUCUAUUUUGAAAUUUUGCAUUUCCAUUUAAUCACUGCAACACCCACACCCACACCCACACGACACGACUUAUGGAAAGGAAGCUCAAAGUCUUUGCAAGUCAACUCAACUACUCUAUAUUCCAAGUCUUUCUUUGAGCUUGGUUUUAAUUUUAUUUCAUUAGAGCUGAGGCAGGCAAUCAACCCUUUCUUCCUCCAUCUCUCUGCCCUCAAAAUGAUUUCUCCUUCUUUCUCAUCAUCUCUGCCUCUUCCUCUGUUUUGUUUAUUAUUUAUCAUGCUUGGGAUCCCUGUUUCACUAACCACUCCCGACUAUGAGCGUGAGUAUGAGCAUUUGUUCGAGAACUGCCGCAACGGAACGUUCAAAUGUGGGAAUAUCACUGCUGGAUUUCCUUUCCGUGGAGGUGAUCGAGAAAAAGAAUGCGGACAUCGAGAUUUAGAGCUUCAGUGUGACAGUGAUAUUACCACGAUGGAAAUUCAUGGUGUACGGUAUCGCGUGCUUGAGAUCCGACCUGAUCGUCAAAUCCUAGGAAUUUCGAAUGAGGAGGUGAUCAACGAAGGCAUUUGUCCGCCUCCAUUUCCAGAUGAUGAUUGGAUCCCAGAUUCUGGGGUGUUUACUCCUGGUCCCGGCUUUGCCAGUGUUACACUGUUUUAUGACUGCCCCUCUCCCAUCUCACCGGAUCUUCUAUUCUUUACUUGCAAUAAAAAUGAUGAUUAUAGUAAUGUUUCGGUAGCAAUAGCAAAUAAUACUAAUAUCCAUCCAGAGGAUGCUUAUAUAGAGCCAAUAUUUCGAUUCUUCAAGCUUCCUUGGAAAGACUCCGCAAUCGUACCUUGGAUUGGAAAGGAGCCUUCCUGCGGUUUCUUGAACUUCGAUGAUCUACCAUUCCACUGCUACUGCCCACCGGGAAAUUGGAGUUGGCCGGAAGGCAAAGAAUGUCAGCCCUCACCACCACCACCACUACCACUACCACCACAUACAGAUUCAACACUUCAUCCUUGUGACAUCAACAAGAUGUCUUCGCAUUCUCUUCCGAUAUCUUCCCUUCUGGCCCUCUUCUUUCUCGUUGUCUUAACCAGAGUUCCAACGAUUUUAUCCGUCGACGAUCCACGGUACUCGACCUGCAGGGAAACGCUAACAUGCGGAAGCGUAUCAAAUAUCGGUUACCCUUUCUGGGGAUCGAACCGUCUGAGUUACUGUGGGCAACCAGGAUUUGAGCUGAGGUGCGAGAAUGAUAUAGCGGAAAUCAUGAUGAAUGAAAACACCUUACGAGUUCUUGACAUAGACCCUGAACGACAGAUUCUUAAGGUAGCUAGGGAGGAUUACUGGAAUGAUUAUUGUCCCACGAAAUUUACCAACACCUCAAUCGACUUCGACCACUUCAAUUACGGUUCAAACCUUAGGAACCUCACCCUAUUCUACGGAUGCUACCCGCUGGCAACCCCGACAUUUCUUCCUAACUGCACCAUAAAUAGUACACUUAUUGAUGUGUCAUAUGCUGUUAGAAACAUGUUGGGUGAUCCUCGCUAUGGCAUAUGCCGUGAAAUUGUCGUAGUUCCGGUUUAUGAAGCUGCAGCAAAGGACCUGGAGGUGAACACUAUGACUAUGCAGGCUGCUUUAAGAGGAGGUUUCGAAUUGCAAUGGAAAGCGGAUAAUGAUGAGUGCAGAAGAUGCAGAGAUUCAGAUGGGGUUUGCGGAUAUAAUCAAACUUCAAAUAGUUUCACUUGCUUUUGCAGCGAUAAACCUAGUGAAACCACAUGUUUACCACCAACUGAAGUGUUUUCGAAUAAUUAUUUGAGCUGCAGUGUUCGAUCCAGUUGCGGAAAUAUUUCGGAUAUCGGUUACCCUUUCUGGGGAUUGAAUCGGCCGGAAAGAUGUGGAUAUCCUGGAUUCAAGCUCAGCUGCAGUGAAAGUGAGCUAGAAAUCACAAUCAACUCUGCAACAUACCGAGUUCUUGCAAUAAACAAGGCAUCACAAACCGUUCGUGUCUCUAGAACCGAUUACAGUGAGAAUCUUUGUCCCACUCAUCUCAUCAACUCCACUUUUGGAAGUGAAACCAUCCCGAAUUCUCAAGUUCCGUCACUGGAGGAAGGCCGGGAUGCAGAUGAUUUGGAAGAAGCGGCUAAAAUUGGGUUUCAGCUGUGGUGGUCUGCAGAUGAUGCCCUUUGUAAUAAUUGUGUAAACAAAGGUGGGCAGUGCGGGCGUAACCUCGUCUCAGGUGAAUUUGAAUGUUACUGCUCAGAUGGCGAUGUUUGUUCCCCAGUGGGAUUUAAGUCGUACGAUUUCGGUUCCAAGAACCCAGUGUUUAGGGGAAACCCGAAGCCGGAAACUGAUGGAACAAGAUGUCGUCGAUCUUUGUUCCGACCAAACAGUAGUUCAGGGUUAGGUGGAUCAUCUUUUCUAAAAACUUUUAGCAUUGCAGUAACCGGGUUUAAGCAAUCUCUUCCUUUACCUCCAGCCCUCGGAGCAGCCGGUGUCAUUAUAGUUAUUGGAAUCGGAACUUUAUGUGUCCGGCAACAUCGGCGAAAGAAAAUUGUAGCCCAGCUUAUUAGCAGAGACCUUCCAACAUCUCCAUCAAGCAAAGGGCCAACAACUUCCACAACUAAUUACUCUCAAAGCAAUUCAUCCUAUUCCACUUCAAAAUAUGACAUUGAAAGGGGAAGCACUUACUUUGGAGCCCAUGUUUUUAAUUAUGAAGAACUUGAGGAAGCCACUGACAAUUUCAAUCCUUCUAAACAACUUGGAGAAGGAGGAUUCGGCACUGUUUAUUAUGGUGUACUCAGGGAUGGGCGAGUGGUAGCGGUGAAGCGCUUAUACGAGAACAAUUUCAAGCGUGUCGAUCAGUACAUGAACGAGAUCGAAAUCCUCACUCCCAUCCUUCAUCCAAACCUCGUGAAGCUCUAUGGAUGUACCUCGAGACGUAGUCGAGAGCUUCUCCUUGUUUAUGAGUACAUUCCUAAUGGAACCGUGGCUGAUCAUUUGCAUGGAAAGCGAUCCAACUCUGGUUUGCUUACCUGGCAUGUUCGGUUGAGAAUCGCCUUCGAGACAGCGACCGCAUUGGCUUUCCUCCAUGGAAAGGAAGUCAUACACCGCGAUGUUAAAUCCAACAACAUUCUCCUGGACAAGAAUUUCCAUGUAAAAGUGGCUGAUUUUGGACUCUCACGACUUUUUCCUAAUGAUGUCACGCAUGUCUCGACUGCUCCGCAAGGCACCCCGGGUUAUGUCGACCCGGAGUAUCACCAAUGCUACCACCUCACUGAGAAAAGUGAUGUUUACAGCUUCGGGGUCGUGUUGGUCGAGCUAAUUUCGGCGAAGAAAGCAGUGGACAUCAGCAGGCACCGACACGACAUAAAUUUGGCUAACAUGGCAAUCAGCAGAAUCCAGAAUCAAGCAUUGCAUGAACUGGUGGAUCCAUCUCUCGGGUUCGAGAAUGAUUGUGUGGUGAAAAACACUGUAACGGCGGUUGCAGGAUUGGCGUUUCGGUGUUUGCAACAGGAGAGGGAUAUGAGACCUUCAAUGGAAGAAGUGUUGGAGGCAUUGAAAGAGAUUAAGGAUGUACGAUCGGGAUCUGAUGUGGUGGAUAUUAGACCGGGAACUGAAGUGGUGGAUAUUAAAUCGGACGAUGUUGGACUACUGAAGAGCAUUCCUCCUCCAUUUUCUCCGGAUUAUGCCACAGAUAAAUGGGUUAGCUUCUCUACUAUUACUACCGCCUAG